AUGCGACGAUUGUUUGGUCAUCAAAGAGCUCAUCAUCAAUCAUCUAAUGAUGAACAAAGCUCAGCGCCACUAAAUGAUGGUCAGUUGUUCGGGACUGAUACGAGCAACAGUGAAUCGAGCGAUUUAGAACUAUUGGAUGAAGGAUUGCAUGGAAAUGAUGGUUCUGUACAAUUAAUCAACAGCAGCAGCAAUAACAAUAGCAAUAACAACAGCAAUAGCAACAACAAUAACAGUAACAAUAACAAUAACAACAACAAUAAUCGCGCUAGUAGUAGCCAUCUUUCUAGGCAACAUCAUCGAAUCUCUCGAGCAAAACGUAACAAAUGGGCGAUGCGUUCCGGUGCCAAUACAGUUGCAAAUUUACGAUCUAAACGAUAUCAAAUGUUGAAAACAGAAGGAAAUACACAAUUUCGUAUACAUCCAACAAUUCGAGCUAGGCAAAAUCAG